AUGAGGCAGAAUGAUCAAUUAUUGAAUAUAACUGAAAUAUUGUCUAAAGUUAGUAAACUUUAAAGAUAAUUAAUUCUAAAAUAAGAAUAAUUAGAAGAAUUAAAAAAAUUAGUUAUUAGAAAUCAUUUCUUAACUAAUAAUAAGAGGAAUAAUUAAAAAUUCCAAAACCUCUUAAAAUAUCUAAAUGGCUAUGAUUUAUUGAUAAUUUAAUUAGAAUCAUAAUGA